AUGUUGGACACACGGACAAUCAUUGUCUGCGGAGAUUUGAACGAAAAUCUUCUAUACUAUGGAAAGAAGCCAAUCAUGGAGGUUUUCCAGUCCAAAGGCUACGGACAACUGAUCUCUUCUGCCACAACUGACAGACAGACGCUGCUUGAUGUCAUCUACGUUUCUAACCCGCAAUCAUGUCUCCAUUCAGUGUGCCUGCUACCCUCAAAAUGUCAAAGAAAAAUCAGACCCAACAAGAACCAAGACUCACCUCAAAGACCCAGCAAGAACCAAGACACACCUGAAGGACCCAGCAAGAACCAAGACACACCUGAAAGACCCAACAAGAACCAAGACACACCUGAAAGACCCAACAAGAACCAAGACACACCUGAAAGACCCAACAAGAACCAAGACACACCUGAAAGUCCCAACAAGAACCAAGACACACCUGAAAGACCCAACAAGAACCAAGACACACCUGAAAGACCCAACAAGAACCAAGACACACCUGAAAGACCCAACAAGAACCAAGACACACCUGAAAGUCCCAACAAGAACCAAGACACACCUGAAAGACCCAACAAGAACCAAGACACACCUGAAAGACCCAACAAGAACCAAGACACACCUGAAAGACCCAACAAGAACCAAGACACACCUGAAAGACCCAACAAGAACCAAGACACACCUGAAAGACCCAACAAGAACCAAGACACACCUGAAAGACCCAACAAGGACCAAGACUCACCUCAAAGACCCAACAAGAACCAAGACACACCUGAAAGACCCAACAAGGACCAAGACUCACCUCAAAGACCCAACAAGAACCAAGACUCACCUCAAAGACCCAACAAGAACCAAGACUCACCUCAAAGACCCAGCAAGAACCAAGACACACCUGAAGGACCCAGCAAGAACCAAGACACACCUGAAAGACCCAACAAGAACCAAGACACACCUGAAAGACCCAACAAGAACCAAGACACACCUGAAAGACCCAACAAGAACCAAGACACACCUGAAAGACCCAACAAGAACCAAGACACACCUGAAAGACCCAACAAGGACCAAGACUCACCUCAAAGACCCAACAAGAACCAAGACUCACCUCAAAGACCCAACAAGAACCAAGACAUUAUUAUCUGA